ACGUGCAAUGCAUCCAUCCAGUGACCGAAUCUCUUAUUGGUCGCUAACUACAAAAGAUCGAGAAUCACAAGCACCCUGAGAAUAUGGCAGCCCUCUUCAGUCUCAAAUGUGGAACUAGGAGACUGUUCAAUAUUUGUAAUACGUGUACAACAAGAUUACAUGCACCAGUUUUAAAGAGGCAAAUCCAGAACACUGCAUGUAUGAUGUCUUUCUCUGAUGCUGAAUUCACUGCAGCUAAGGAUAGACUCAACUCUUUGAAAGAAGAUCCAGGUAAUGAGGUCAAGCUUCAGAUAUACGCUCUCUUUAAACAGGCAACUGCUGGCACGUGCAACACCCCCAAACCAGGAGCAUUUGAUUUUGUUGGCAAGGCUAAGUGGUCUUCUUGGAAUUCUCUAGGCAAUAUGUCACAGGACCAAGCAAAAGAAAAAUAUGUCGGCAUUGUCGAUGAUCUGGUUGCACAAGAAGGUGGUGAAGCAGAGACGGCCUCAACAACCCAAGGAUCUCUGUCCUUCACUGGGCUAAAGUACACUGUGGAUAAUGGGGUAGCAACCAUCACUCUAAAUAGGCCCAACAAGAAGAAUGCUGUAACUACAGAGAUGUAUUCUGAAUGGACAGCUGCUCUGAAAAUGGCAGGGGAGGAUGACCGUGUGGUCCUGGCAGUAAUCACAGGUGCUGGUGAUUAUUACUGUAGUGGGAAUGACCUCAACAAUUUCAUGAAAAUAGACCCUAGUGUUUUACAUGAAGAAUCUGUAAAAGGUAGCGACCUGCUAGAGAUAUUUGUGAAUGGCUUUAUAGAUUUCCCCAAGCCUUUGAUUUGUGCUGUGAAUGGCCCAGCGGUCGGUAUCUCAGUAACCACACUAGGCCUUAUGGAUGUCAUCUAUGCCUCAGAUAAAGCAACCUUCCACACACCUUUUGCGGCACUUGGUCAGAGCCCGGAGGGCUGUUCUUCAUACACAUUCCCCAAAAUAAUGGGAACAGCUCAGGCUAACGAGUGCCUGCUGUUUGGUAAGAAGCUGACCGCCCAGGAGGCGUUUGACCGUGGUCUGGUAACAGAGGUCAUCCCUGAUGCUCAGUUCAGAGAGACAGUUGACAAGAAGGUCAAGGAAUAUGCUCAACUUCCAAGAAAUGCUUUGCGUCUUGCCAAGAAUCUAAUUCGAGAGACCGAGAAAGAGCGCCUCCACAAGGUAAACCGAGCCGAGUGUGAUCUCCUUGUUGACAGAUGGACAUCAGACGAAUGCACACAGGCCAUAAUGAACUACUUCUCAAAAUCAAAGCUCUAAAGAUAAUGCUAAUAUCCCUAUAAUAUCAAUUUUCAUCGUAGGAAUAAGCAGUUCUCAAAGUCUUAUUUAAAAGAGUAAUUCAAAGGGAUGACAGAUUUAACACAUUUCAUACAGCUUUUGUAUGUUUAUAUUUUUCUCAAAUUUAGUUAUAAUUCUUACUGUAAGUUCUGGUCUGGGAUAUAAAAGUAAAGAGUAAAGAAUAUUAAGAGGAAUUAUCUUCGUACUGUAUUAACUUUCUUAAUUCUUUGUUUUUAUAGUUUUUAUGAGGCUAUAAAUCCAAAAAAAGACAACAACAACAAAUGUUUUGCUUAAAUAUUGCCCACUACUAGUGAAUUACAUGUAGUGCCUAUAAUCAUUCCAUUAGACAUAACAAUAGCAGAGGGCAUUGGAAACACUUGUUUUACAAGAUUUUUUGCAAGAUAGUUAAUAAAAAAAUCAUUAAGGUGCUAGAUAUAUGUGAUCAUUUUACACAAGGCACCCGAUUUCUUUGCAACUGAUACAAUCGGCCAGGUACUGUAUAAUCCACAUUUCCUUAAUAGAGAAAAAUGUUCAUAUCAUGCACAAAACCGAGCUCCAGAAAGUGACUGUUUUGGCACAAGAGCUUAUUUCUAGAGAAAGUAGGAAGGAACCUGAACCCUUUUUAUUUCUCUCUUACUUUUAUCAUUGGGAAGCAAAUGUAGUUUUCCACAGAAAACACUCUCUUAUACCAGCACACACCUUAUUUUGUGUUGUUAACACAAUUGACCAAAGGAGUGUUGAUGGCAAAGGAAAAAUGAUAAUGAUAUUUAGAAGGUUUGCUUAAACCAAGCAGUAAUUCAGUACAAAGAAAAACUACUGGCCUGUCAUUUUUGCUCGAUGGUACUUGACAGCCGUAAUGUUUUGAUGAGUUUAGGUUUCAUGUUUAGAAAUGUGUUGGAGCAUCAUUGCCAUUGCCCAUACAGCUAGACAUAGGAUUUCUCUUUUGAAAUUGGAUGAUUUGUUCCUCUGUAUAACAGAAUAGUGUUAUUCAAAUGAAGAAAAAUUACACACUUAUAUUAUGCAAUAAUGAAUUGUUUAUUUAUAUUGUUAUGCUUGAUAAUUUGAAUAAAACAUAUAAUGCAAUCUU